AUGGCCCCAAAUUCACGAAACUUUCUGGUAGGAAUUGGGGAAAUUUUGGACAACGGGAUUCUAUUGCAUCCUACACAAGCUGGAAUUACUGAGAUGAUGAUGCUUAUACGAAGGAAAUAUUUUGCAAAUUGGUUUUCCUUAUGCUCCCAUUGUAACAUCUCCAAUAAUAAGCAGCCCAACAACAUGAAUUCUUCUUUCUCAAAUUCCUUCUCCUCUAAUGGGGCCACAGUGGCUGGAGAUGCGAUCUCCUGGCCAAUUUUCUCCUUGGGCGAAAUUCAAAUUCUAGAGAUAUUUCUUGCUGUAGGAGCAUUCUUCACCAUACAUUCCCUAAGACGAAAGAAUCGUCAAGGAUUACCCACAUGGCCAUUCGUAGGAAUGCUCCCUUCCUUGAUAGUAGGUGUUAGGGACAAUGCGUACGAAUACUUUACAGAUGUAAUUUGCAGUCAGAAGGGGACAUUUCAGUUUAAAGGCCCUUGGCUGAGCAACCUCAACUCAUUGUUGACGGCCGACCCUCGCAACAUUGAAUACUUGCUGAAGACGAAGUUUUCAAACUUUCCAAAGGGUGGUUACUAUCGAAGCAUCAUGGAAGACCUACUAGGAGAUGGAAUCUUCAACGCAGAUAACGAGAUGUGGCACCGUCAGAGGAAGAUGGUAAUCAUGGAGUUCCACUCGCCACGAUUCCGCCAACUCACCGUACAGUCGUUGCUUGAAUUAGUUCACAACAGACUAUUACCAGUGUUGGAGGAAUCGCGGCAGAAAUCUGCGGCAAUUGAUUUGCAAGAUGUUCUACUUCGGUUGACAUUUGAUAAUGUUUGCAUGAUCGCACUUGGGGUUGAUCCUGGCUGCCUUGCUCCAGGGUUGCCGGACAUACCCUUUGCUCGUGCAUUCGAGCAAGCAACCGAGGCAACUGCUAUUCGUUUCGUGACCCCGACAUCUAUAUGGAAGCUCAUGAGAUUUCUCAACCUCGGGCCUGAGAAGGAGCUCAAGGAGUCCAUCAAAGGAAUUAACAAAUUCGCUGAACAAGUCAUAAUGACGCGGAAGAAGGAGAUCUGUAAUUCGCAAGAAGAUAACACCAAGAAUAGAUCUGAUCUACUCGCUGUGCUCAUGAGGUCUAAGGAUGAAACUGGCCAGCCAUUUUCGGACAAGUUUCUAAAAGAUUUAAGUGUUAACCUUAUACUUGCUGGACGUGAUACCUCUUCUGUGGCACUAAGUUGGUUCUUUUGGCUUGUUGAUCAGCAUGGUGAGGUGGAAAAGAAGAUUCUAGAUGAGAUUUCUGGAAUAAUCAGUCAACGAGAAACUCCAAUACACCCUGAAGUAUUUCAACCGGAGGAGAUAAAAAAGAUGGAGUAUCUACACGCUGCUAUUUCAGAGGCUCUCAGGCUCUACCCCUCAGUGCCUAUGGAUCACAAAGAGGUUAUGAAAGAAGAUGUAUUUCCAGAUGGAACUUUGCUAAAGAAAGGGACAAAAGUUGUGUAUUCUAUCUACUCAAUGGGAAGAAUGGAAACUAUAUGGGGAAAGGAUUGCAGGCAAUACAAACCAGAGAGGUGGAUAAUGGAUGGUCGCUUCAUCAAUGAAUCAGCUUAUAAGUUUACUGCUUUUAAUGGAGGACCUCGACUUUGUUUAGGGAAGGAAUUUGCUUACUACCAAAUGAAGUUUACUGCUGCAUCUAUUAUCUAUAGAUACCGUGUAAAGGUGACGCAAAAUCAUCUUGUUGAACCAAAGCUCGCAUUGACUAUGUACAUGAAGCAUGGGCUAAAAGUAAACCUCAUACCUCGAUAG